GGGUCACGUGACACGUCCGGCGCAUUCUGAUGACGUGGUACAUCGGUAAUGGCGGACACUCUCUUCGAAACAAACAAAGCAAAGAUAGCAGAAUAAGCCAACAUUCAUCCUUUUCGUCGCCAUGAGCAAGAACAAGGCCGGUGGUGUGUCAUGGGUGAAACCGGAGGAGCCGUCUUUUCUCAAGAAGUUUAAAAGCGAUGUUGGUUUCAAAGAAGGACCGACUGUUGACACGAAGCGUCUGGUGACGCCGACGCCAGGAGACGACAGCGGCAGCGAUCGGGAGGAUGAAUCGCCUCAAGUUGUGGUCCUCAAAGAUGGAGACUUGACCUCCGAGGAAGUGCAACACCUGAAGGAAGGCGUGCAAGCGAAGGAAGCUGUGGAGAAAAACGACGAGCCCCCUGCCGACGGGAAAAUCCUCUUCAAGAAGCCGGCCAAGCGCUCCUCGGCAGACAAAUUCCAAGGAAUCACCGCCAGCUCGCGCAAAAAGAAGCGUGAUGACGUGUCGAGGGAAGACAAGAAGGAAGAAGGGACUUGUGGGAAAAAGGUGAAGAACAGCAGCCUCCUGUCUUUUGGCUGCGAUGAAGAGGAAGACGAGGACUGAGCCUUUGUGUCACAUCUCGUCUUGGUUCUUCUCUUCAUAGUCAUAUUCAUCUUUUGUGUACUCCGCAAGUAUUAUCCCAACGUUUGAAACAUAAACUACAAACCCCGUUUCCAUAUGAGUUGGGAAAUUGUGUUAGAUGUAAAUAUAAACGGAAUACAAUGAUUUGCAAAUCCUUUUCAACCCAUAUUCAAUUGAAUGCACUACAAAGACAAGAUAUUUGAUGUUCAAACUCAUAAACUUUAUAUAUUUUUUUGCAAAUAAUAAUUAACUUAGAAUUUCAUGGCUGCAACACGUGACAAAGUAGGUGGGAAAGGGCAUGUUCACCACUGUGUUACAUGGCCUUUCCUUUUAACAACUCUCAGUAAAUGUUUGGGAACUGAGGAGACACAUUUUUUAAGCUUCUCAGGUGGAAUUAUUUCCCCUUCUUGCUUGAUGUACAGUUUAAGUUGUUCAACAGUCUCCGUUGUGGUAUUUUAGGCUUCAUAAUGCGCCACACAUUUUCAAUGGGAGACAGGUCUGUACUACAGGCAGGCCAGUCUAGUACUUGCACUCUUUUACUAUGAAGCCACGUUGAUAACGUUGUAACACGUGGCUUGGCAAUGUCUUGCUGAAAUAAGCAGGGGCGUCCAUGGUAACGUUGCUUGGAUGGCAACAUAAAUUGCUCCAAAACCUGUAUGUACCUUUCAGCAUUAAUGGCGCCUUCACAGAUGUGUAAGUUACCCAUGUCUUGGGCACUAAUACAUCCCCCAUACCAUCACAGAUGCUGGCUUUUACACUUUGCGCCUAUAACAAUCCGGAUGGUUCUUUUCCUCUUUGGUGCGGAGGACACGACAUCCACAGUUUCCAAAAAAAAUUUGAAAUGUGGACUCGUCAGACCACAGAACACUUUUCCACUUUGUAUCAGUCCAUCUUAGAUGAGCUCAGGCCCAGCGAAGUCGACGGCGUUUCUGGGUGUUGUUGAUAAAUGGUUUUCACCUUGCAUAGGAGAGUUUUAAUUUGCACUUACAGAUGUAGCGACCAACUGUAGUCACUGACAGUGGGUUUCUGAAGUGUUCCUGAGCCCAUGUGGUGAUAUCCUUUACACACUGAUGUCGCUUGUUGAUGCAGUACAGCCUGAGGGAUGGAAGGUCACGGGCUUAGCUGCUUACGUGCAGUGAUUUCUUCAGAUUUUCUGAACCCUUUGAUGAUAUUGCGGACCGUAGAUGGUGAAAUCCCUAAAUUCCUUGCAAUAGCUGGUUGAGAAAGUUUUUUCUUAAACUGUUCAGCAAUUUGCUCACGCAUUUGUUGACAAAGUGGUGACCCUCGCCCCAUCCUUGUUUGUGAAUGACUGAGCAUUUCAUGUAAUCUACUUUUAUACCCAAUCAUGGCACCCACCUGUUCCCAAUUUGCCUGUUCACCUGUGGGAUGUUCAAAAUAAGUGUUUGAUGAGCAUUCCUCAACUUUAUCAGUAUUUAUUGCCACCUUUCCCAACUUCUUUGUCACAUGUUGCUGGCAUCAAAUUCUAAAGUUAAUGAUUAUUUGCACAAAAGAAAAAGUUUAUCAGUUUGAACAUCAAAUAUGUUGUCUUUGUAGCAUAUUCAACUGAAUAUGGGUUGAAAAUGAUUUGCAAAUCAUUGUAUUUUGUUUAUAUUUACAUCUAACACAAUUUCCCAACUCAUAUGGAAACUGGGUUUGUACAAUGCUGGUGACUUCUCACAUCAACACACAACAGGUGAUAAAACACAAGAGUAUACUUUAUACUCUUGUUCUGUUGUGUUUGCAUCAAAUAUUGUAACAUAGGAAAUAAUUAGUUCACCUUUAAAGGGAAUUAAAUAUGCAUUUCCCCUCCAUGUAGUGUAAGUAGAAUAGUGAUGUACAUCAUAAUUAAAUGUCUUCUAUCAACACAUCCUUGACUUGUGACAAUAGGUUGUAUUUACAUUACUUCUCUGUACUCCCAAUUUUAUAUAUAUAUAUAUAUAUAUAUAUAUAUAUAUAUAUAUAUAUAUAUAUAUAUAUAUAUAUAUAUAUAUAUAUAUAUAUAUAUAUAUGGUAAAACUUUAGUAUGGGGAACAUAUUCCCCAUUAUUUAGUUGCUUGAUUACAUGCAAAUUAGCGACAUAUUGGCUCUUAUUUAUUCAUUAUUAAGUACUUAUUAUUGCCUUAUUCUGCAUGACCUUAUUAUACAACCAGUAAGCCAUUAACUAAGUCUUCCCUCAAUAACCUCAGAAUUAUUGCUUAUUAGUAACCCUAACCCUUAUAUGUUCCCCUAGCGUCCAAAUAACUCUAAAUUAAGUCUUUGUUACUUAGAAUAUGUUCCCCAUACUAAAGUGUUGCCAUAUAUAUAUAUCCAAGUAAACCCUGCAUGUACUGUAUGUAUUUGUGUAUGUACUCUGAUAUUGUACCUUCAUUCAAUGUGUGAAUACUGUCUUGAAAUGUUGUAUUGUUGUUGUUUAUGAAAGUAUGUUUUUAUGCAUAAUUUCAAAACACUCAAACUUCUCAACAAUCCCUGACUGCCAUCGUGUUUGUGUUCCAACAUGAAUAUAUUGAUAUAAUAAUGUUCCUGCAGUUUGACAGAUACUGAACUUGGUCUUUUUUUCCCCAAAAUUCAGAUUAUUGUU